AUGGUGGCAGCAAACAAACGCCAAUCAAAUGACUCUUUGGUGCCAUUUGUGGCCAAAAAGAGCCGAAACAAUGAGUUGUCGGCCAUCGGAGACACCGACUCAUCCUUACAAUCGGCUGUGAACCGGACAUCAAGUUUAAUGUCACCCAUAAUGCUAUUGAGUGGACACAAGUCUGAAGUAAAUUGUGUUAAAUUUCAUCCAAACGGAAAUACAUUGAUAUCAAGUGGUUUUGAUAGAGAUAUCUUUGUGUGGAAUACAUACGGAGAGUGCGAUAAUUAUGGAGUUCUUAGCGGACAUAAGGGAGCAGUUCUUGAUCUGCACUUCUCCACUGAUGGCGACUACAUAAUGAGCUCGAGUACUGACAAAUCAAUCAUGAUUUGGGACUCGCGUACCGGCGCUCGCAUUAAGAAAUUAACAGCUCAUCAAUCAAUCGUCAAUUGUUGUCAUCCCUCGCGAAGAUCACAGCUAUUAUGCAGUGGUGGCGAUGACUGCACUGUCAGACUAUGGGAUGUCAGGAAGAGAGGACUCGUCUCUUAUUUCAAAGAUAACUAUCAAAUAACUGCCAUUACUUUCAAUGAUUCUUCCGAUCAAAUCAUUUUCUCUGGUAUUGAAAAUGUGCUCAAAGUGUUUGAUUUGCGCAAAAAUGAUGUCUUGUAUACAAUGGCCGGACAUUUCGAUACCGUUACCGGUCUGUCACUGAGUCCUGACGGCAAUUAUGUCUUAUCUAAUUCUAUGGAUAAUUCUCUAUGUAUUUGGGAUAUCCGUCCGUUUGCACCUCAAGACCGCUGCAUCAAAACGCUUAGCGGACAUCAGCAUAAUUUCGAGAAGAAUCUGCUUCGGUGUGCGUGGAGUCCGGACGGCACUAAAGUGACCGCCGGUUCCGCCGAUCGCUUUGUCUACAUAUGGGACGCAACCUAUAAGAGAGUUCUUUACAAACUUCCCGGACAUUUAGGCUCUGUUAAUGAAGUUGUUUUCCAUCCGACAGAACCAAUUGUGCUUUCGGGAUCGAGUGAUAAGAAUUUAUAUUUGGGUGAAAUCGAGGCAUAAAUCUAAUAAUUAUUAUUUUACAGUUAUUUUUAGCCAUCAUUUCCAUUCAUUACUGUUUCAUACCAUAUACACCUUUCAAUUGUUUACCAUAACAUUUGAUUUAUCAAUUAUUUUCAAAAUUAAUUCAAAUAAAAUGUCUUUUGUGAGCCAUGA